AUGUGUGAAUACACCUCCCACGAAUACUACAAGGCCUGCCAUCACACAGUCCCCUGCCACCUCAAGUACAGCCUGCGCUACUGCCAGAGCCCCAACGGCACCCCGUUACCAGAUCCGUCCAAACUCAAAGAAUCUGGCUUCUGCCCGUCGCGAUGUUGCGAUAUGGACGAGUGGAAGCAGAAGGUUAUGCGGGUGGAGGGGAAGUGUUUGAAUUGCGUGGAGACGGAGGAGGGGCGGGGGAAUGAUCGGGAGCAGGAGCGGGAGCAGGAGCGGGAGCAGAGUAGCUGGAUAAGCAAGGAGCGGUUGAGGAGGUUGAUGGCGACGAUUGGGAGGCGGAUUGGGAUUGGGAGCGUGAAAGGGAAGGGGGAGGAGGAGGGAGAGGAGGAGGGAGAGGAAGAGGAAGAAGAGGAAGAGGGGGUGAAGGAGAUGAGCGUGUAUAGAGACUGGGAUAUUCCUGAUACGAUUCACAGGUUCGAGUGCGGGCACUGCAAGUUCUGGAUCAGGGGGGACAGCGUGCAGAAGUGCUUCCAUGUGGUUGGGGGAGUUAGUGGGGAUGGUCGUGGUGUUGACGUUUCCGGGUUCCCUGUGGAGGAGGGGGACUGGGAGAUUGUGGAUUUUUGGGGGACGGAGUUUCGGUGUUCGGUGGAGGAGGUGGCUAAGAUAAAGGUUCAGGGGCGGCAUGUUCGGGGGCUUUGCGGGGGGUGUCAGUCGCAGAGGUUGAGGGCGGGGCUCGAGGCCGAGUUGGAACUGCGGACGGGAGGGCGUGGGGAAGGUGAAGAGCCCCAGAAAUGCAUCCUGGAACCAGGGGAGCGGAGGGAGAGCGAAACCGAGGAGUCUUCGCUGUCUCCCCAGAUACCGCCAGUGACAUUUGAGGACCACAUCGGGGCAUUGGGGGCGUUGUUCCCAAAGUUCGCGCUGAGCUCAGAGGAUCCCACAAAGGUCCCGGGGGGGUUGGAGAAGAAGAGAUGGGGACUGAGAACCCCAAGGUUAAUUACAGUGUGGAAGGGGUGGGUGAGAACUGGACGGAGAAAGACGAAGACAGAGCAGUGA